UUAAUUGAAGAAACAGAGAGGAGAAAACUCAAAGCCCAGUACUGGGUCACAUCCAUACACCUAGAAGCCACCAGUCUCCAGUUGCUUGGCUGCUCUUGGGCGUGUGGCGGUGACCCAGGGGGGAACGGCUUGCCCAGUGGGAGCAGCCUGUCCCGCCCCCGGGUGGGGUGAAAGCUUGGGAAGCAGCAGCGAGUCCCGAGCAGAGGGAUAUCGUCCUCAGCAGCCUCCGGGGCCGUCCCAGCAGCAACAACUCCAGAAGCAGCAGCCUCAGCAGCGGCAGCCUCAGCACCAUGGGCGGAUCUGCUUCCAGCCAGCUAGAUGAGAGCAAAUGCACUUAUAUCCAAGGCAAAACUGAAGCUGCUGUCAAAAACUUCAGCCCACAUUAUCGUCGCCAAUAUUCUGUGGCCUUCUGCAAUGAUGUUCGGAGUGAAGUUGAACAGCAUAGAGAUUUGAGGUCCCAGUUCUUAAAAACCAAGCCAUCUUUGGAUACAGAGACAGUCUUGUAUGAAGGAGAGCUGUCCCACUUCGCAGAUGACCUAAAGAAAUGGAAAGACAGAUACAUUGUGGUUAAAAAUGAUUUUGCAGUGGAGAGCUAUGAGAACAAAGAGGCCUAUCAGAAAGGAGCCAAUCCUAAAAGUCGAAUUCUCCCAGCAGGCGGCAAAGUUUUAACUUCUGAAGAAGAUUACAAUUUAUUAUCUGACCGACAUUUUCCUGACCCUAUUGCUCCCAGCGAAAAGGAGAAUUUUCAGCCCUUUGUCGUUUUGCCGAAAGAGUUCCCAGUGUAUCUGUGGCAGCCCUUCCUCAGACACAACUACUUCUGUUUCCAAGAUUCAGGAGAUCAAAAACAUUUCAGCGCUCUACUGAAUGACUGCAUUCGACAUCUAAAUCAUGAUUAUUUGAAGCAGAAAACAUUUGAAGCCCAAGCCUUUUUAGAAGCGGUACAAUUCUUCCGGCAGGAGAAAGGCCACUAUGGAUCAUGGGAAAUGAUCACUGGGAAUGAAGUCCAGAUCUUGAGCAACCUAGUGAUGGAAGAGCUCUUGCCAACCCUUCAGACAGACCUCCUCCCUAAAAUGAAAGGAAAGAAGAAUGACAGAAAAAGAGCUUGGUUUGGUAUUUUAGAAGAAGCCUACAACUUGGUCCAGCAUCAAGUUUCAGAAGGAUUAAGUGCUUUGAAAGAGGAAUGCAGAGCUCUGACAAAGGGCCUAGAAGUGACCAUUCGAUCAGACAUGGAUCAGAUCGUGAACUCAAAGAACUUCUUAGCUGGAAAAAUCAGAGUGAUGGUGGCUGAACCUGCCGGACGAACUUGUGCAGAGAGUGUACAACCAUUCCUGUCUUCCAUCUUGGAGGAACUCAUGGGGCCAGUGAGUUCUGGGUUCAGUGAAGUCCGGGCCCUUUUUGAAAAAGAGGUGAAUGAAAUCAGCCAAAGUUUUCAGACCAACAAAGAUCCUGCUCAGCUGAAGGAGCACUUGGACCAGCUGAGGAAUCUUCCACUGAACUCAGUGAAGAUGGAACCUUGUUACUUGAAAGUCAACCUACUCCAAGAACAACUCCAAGACCUCAAGAGCCGCUUCAAGUUCCCCCACAUUGACUUGGUGGUACAGAGGACCCAAAACUACAUGCAAGAACUCAUGGAAAAUGCAGUCUAUACUUUCGAGCAGCUUCUAUCUCCCCAUCAACAAGGAGAUGUGUUCAAAAUCUCAACAGCCAUUGAAAAAGUCAAGAAACGAGUCUUAAAGCAAUAUGAUUAUGAUAGCAGCACCAUCCGGAAGAUGCUAUUUCAGGAAACGCUGGUUCAGAUCACACUGCCCACAAUGCAAAAGGCAUUGGCAUCAACGUGCAAACCAGAGCUUCAGAAAUAUGAGCAGUUCAUCUUUGCAGAUCACACCAAUGUGAUCCAGGUUGAAAAUGUCUAUGAGGAGAUUUUGUAUCAAACCCUGCUUGAUGAAACAGUAAAAGUGAUAAAGGAAGCUGCUGUUCUCAAGAAGCACAAUCUUUUUGAGGACAAUAUGGCCUUGCCUUGUGAAAGUGUGUCCAGCUUAACUGAUCUAAAAACCCCCUCUGGGUCCAACCAGGCCAGUCCUGCCAAGAAAUCAUUGACAGGCCUGCAGGCAAUUUCAGACCACGAAACAUCAAGUAAUGAAGUGUUCUUCACGUCAGAGGAGAAGAGCCCAGAGGCCCAACCUGAGUGCAUAUAUCCCUCUGCCAGAGAGGAAAGCAUGUCUUUCCUGCUGUCUAGCCCUUCUCUAAAUGCCAGUGAGAAAGUGAUUAUUGCUAGGAUGUUUGACCAAGCUGAUUCAGCACAAGAGGAAAAAGCAGAUCUCCUGAACACAAACACACUUAGAAUGGAGUUUGGAGGAAUUGCUGAGAAUGUAAACCAGUCUGGGGAAAAAACUCUUGCCCCAGACUCCUUGAGUGAGAUCAGAAACUUGUUGACAGUGACUGUCGAGGUGCCAACAGAUGCUGCCCAGGAGGAAGGAGGAGAAGCUGCGAGGAAUGAUGGGAACCAGCAGGGGGAAGAAAGUGGGAAAGGGGAAAAGGAAGAAGAAACCCAAGUGAAUAAAGAGGCCAAACCAACAUCCAUAUUCCAUUGGGAAAUGUGCACUUUGGGUGAGAUCAGUGCCAGCCUGUCUUCCAGUCAAGAGACCAGUGGUACAAGUUUGAUGCAGUUUCCAGAAGCAGGCAGCUAUGGUCCUCAGCCAGCUUGUAUUAAACUCUCAGGAAAACACAGAGAAGAGGAAACAGAGCCAGAAGCCACUAGCAGUGUCUGGUAUACUGAAGCAGACAAUUGUCAAGUGCCCCAAAGUGAUCAGCUGCCAACAAUGGAACCGAGUGAAAGUAUGUAUAGAGAGGGCACAACCAUGUUGCAAGAAAUAGAAAGAGCCCAGCUCCAGGCCAUCCCAGCAGGAACUGAGAUGGAGAGCACAUCUGCCUUUUUGCUUAAGAGUAAGCUCUUAACGGAAGAAGAUUGUGUUUUGGGUGAUGACCAUACCAAAAUGGAAUCUGCUGGGCAGAGUUUCAUUUCUCUAGAGCAGGAGAAAGAAAAUAACCCCCUUGCCUAAAUGCAGAUACCCAAAGAUUCAGAACACCAAAGGCUUAACGACGCUGGUGGGAUGACAAGUACCAGUGGAUAUGUGAAAAUGUUCCAAGCAUGAAAGACAAAAUCUUAAGUAACCAGGAGAGCUAUUCAGAGCACCAGUAAGAAAUCUAGCCAAGGGUAAUUAGCCAGACAGCUUCUCUCUGAAAACAGUCAGCCAAGAAUUAUUAGGGGAUUCAUUUACGGUCUACACAUAAGUAUCUACAAGAAAAAUAAUAGAAGAAGAUUCCUUAAACCAAAAAGUGAAAGCAAAAGGAAAGCCUUAGUUACAGUAGUCAAGCAGCAGCUCUUGCUGGCAAGGCGAACUGUUCUGUGCAAAUGAUUGCUUCAGUUUUCAUAGGAAUUUCAAAAAUAAUGGAGUGUCCUUAUUUGGGGGGGGUGAAUAGAAAAGAAGAGGGAGACAGAUGGACAAAGGUGGGAGUUAUAUUUAUGGCUGGGAAAACACUGUGAUCAGGUUUCACAAUCCAUUCUCUACAUUUAGGUGACAUUGCCUUCUGGAGCACUUCAGAGCAUCUCUCUCUCUCUCUCUCUCUCUCUCUCUCUCUCUUCUCUCUCUCUCUCUCUCUCUCUCUCUCUCUCUCUCUCUCUUAAAGAGAAUAAUGCAAAUGUUUACAGUAAUGCCAGUUUUCAUCAUUCAUUAAUAUCCCAGCUUCACUAUCUCCUAGGAGUUCAUCAAUCAUCCACAGCCAGGCUGAACAAAACAGCAAGCUCAUUAACAGAGACAGUCAUUGCAACAAUUUGAGGCCCACAUGUGUUAAUUAUGUUAUAAAUGUAGGUAUCUUAAUGAGGGAAAGCUGAAAAGUCUUAAGAAAUGUUGUAGCCAAUUAAACUUAUUCUCAGACCCAGUAACCCAUUGGGCUUGUGAAUUUCUUGCCAUCACCUGUCACCUUUGUAUUUGUAAUUUUGGCUUUUGGUUUUACUUUCAACAAGCAUUUUUAAUAGGCUGUCUACUAUAUGUCAGGUACUAUGCCAGAUUUUGGGAACAGAAAGACAACACAAUGAGCAAUCCCAUCUCUCAGGGAGCUUACACUUUAUUUUGGGGUGGGGAGUGAAAAGAAGGCAAUAUGACCUUGUUCUUGUCACUUUGUAUUGGGGAAAAGUUCAUAUUUGGCAAUGAAAGUUCACUUUGCACUUAUAAGCCUCAACUCAAAGGACAGUUGGUCCUCCUUAUUUAUAGUCUGCAGAACAAAUCCGAGCUGGAUUGUCUAGCUGAAAACAAAAAUCCAACCAAAGUGAAAGCUCGAAGGUUUAUUCUGAAAAGGGAAAAAAAAUAAUCAUGAUUUUAAAAAACUGUUUGACAGACUGACAUUUUUCUAUGUAUACUAUCUUGUGGUAUUCCAGAAAGAAAAAAAGAAAAAGAAAAAAAAUCAGGUUACAUGCCAUUAAAUUACAUAGAUGUUAUCAAAAUCAAGACGCAUAAUAAUCAUUUUAAGAAUAUUUCAUAAAUUGUCAGUAGAGUGAUAGGAUAUUGGAGCUAGCAAAGGACCUUACAAGUCAUUAAGACCAAUGUCCUCAUGUUGUAGAUGAGGAAACCUAGGCCCUAAGAAAUCAGGUGACUCAGCCAGGGCCAUACAUUGUCAGGACUAGGUCUCAAGCAAAGAUGGCCUGACUCUAUAAUCAGUAUUUUUUUCCCAGUAGCUCUUGCUACCUUGACCAAAAGGUAUAGGAUGAUUAUUCCACUUCAGAGUGGAUAAG